GCAGAGGCACUGCUAGUUCUUUCAACAUGAGAAUCGUACUUCAGCUCCUGUUAUUACGCAUUUUUUGCCUUGCUGCUGCAACUGUUUCACUAGGUGAUGAAGGUAGGGUAUGGGAAAAUACUCUUCUUCCCUGUACGUGUGACAACGAUGUUCUCGAUUGCUCCAAGAGAGGAAAAAGUUCAUUUUCGGCGCAAGAUUUGUGCAAUGGAACGACGUUCACUACCGUCAAUUUCUAUGACAAUUUUUUGCUGAAUGUUCCGGACGGCAUACAAUCUGCUAUAAUUGUUAACAUCUCGCGGAAUGAUUUGGUACAGAUUUUGGAGUCACAAGUGAAUCCGGAAGUAAAAGUUCUCGAUCUUUCUCAUAAUGACAUAAAUUCAAGUCACUUGCAAAAUUUGUCAUCCCUUGAAAAACUCUUUAUCAAUAACAAUCAUCUCACGAACUUAAAUUUUCUCCCUGAAGUUUGUGUUUUACAUGAAUUGCACGCAUCCCACAACAGCAUUGUCAGUUUAGAAGGGCAAUUACAACACUGCACUCGUCUGAGAAAAUUGAAUUUAUCCUUCAACGUGUUGCGGGCAAUACCACAAGACCUUUUCUCGCAAAUGGUAGAGUUAAGAGAACUUCGUUUGGGAAUAAACCACAUAACGAGUCCAUCAACUCAGACUUUCUCUGCUCUUACUCGUCUCGAAUUUCUUGAUCUUUUCGCCUCGGGUAUAACUGCUAUUCCUGAUGGUUUCUUCGAUUCAUUAUCGCAAUUGAAGACACUGCUUUUAGGAGGAAAUUCCAUUAUUGUGUCUCCUAAUACGUUCUCACCGCUUGUCAGUUUGAAGACUUUGGGGAUGUCGCAAGCUGAUUUACAAGCGUUUCCUGCAGAACUUCUUUCCAAUGUCCCCUCUCUAGAGGACCUCUACCUGUCGUGGAACUCCGUAUCAGAGCUCCCUUCAAAAGCCUUUCGUCACCUUCCGCAUUUGAAAAUCCUCCACCUUGAUAGCAUUGGCAUCAGAUCCCUACCCGUUGAUGUAUUCUCCAAUUUAACGAACCUAAAAACUUUGUAGAUGUAUGAAAACUCUCUAAGAUCUCUUCCGAGAGGCCUAUUCUCAGGCUUGGAAAAUCUGGAAGAAGUUGACUUAGGUUUCAACCCUUUGAUAGAAAUUCCAACGCAAGAGCUGUUUAGAAUCAAGAGAGCCAUUUUGGGAUCUCGUCGUCGAAUGGCAGUAGAAUCAAGAGAAUUCUUUGUUAUGCAGAAUUUAAAUCAUCUUAGCCUGUCUAACGGUAACAUUCAAAGCGUAGCGGAAGAUGCGUUUCAAGGAUUAUCUUCUCUCCAAAGUCUCAAUCUGGCUGCCAGUAGAUUGAACGAAUUACCUCCUCGAGUGUUCCGGAACCUACACAAUCUGGAAACCAUCGACAUCUAUCAAAAUCGUCUCCAGACAUUAGCUGAGAACAUCUUUUCCGGACUGAGCAACCUAAAAGAGCUGUCUCUGAGGGCAAACCGUUUGAGCGUCCUUCCAGAUGGUGUGUUCCGAGGACUGGUCGCCUUGGAAGAGUUGUAUCUGGACAUGAAUCAAUUGACGGAUGUGGCGCCUGUCCUCCUCGCGAACUUGCCGUCCCUGCGUCUUCUGAACCUGAGACACAACCGACUGACGACGCUGCCAGCGCCGCCGCUGGGGAGCGCUGCUGGGCCUCUCCUGGAACCCCGGGCCGCCGUGCGCGUGCGGAGCCGUGCGGCGCGGGGCCGUGCUGCUGCGCCUGUGCGUGGCCGUCGCCGCUUGCCACCUGGAGCCGCCCACGUGGUCCUGGGUGGACGCCGUGCGAGCCGCCAGCCCUUGAACCACACGCGCCACCGCGCUCUGUUGAAAGAUGAAUACACGUUUGCAAAAUAA